GGGAGCUAGAGGAACCUUCCACAAACGAAAGUGAGGGUUGGGAAGCAAAGUUUCCUGCUUUGCAGCCCGUGGGUGGAACGCAGCGUAUUAUGUGCGUUCCAUUCGCAGGUUCCAAAGGAUCAGAAAACUGCAAGGUGCAAGACUUGAGCCUGUUUGACGCACAUACUAACUUAUUUGUACUCAAAGCACCGAGUAUUUUUAUUGGCCCGUGUCAGUUUGGCAGAUGAUCUUUUAUUCAGCCCAGGAGGUAGAAGUGAGAGUCAGUAGAGGGAGCGAGACGUGUGUUUCCUGUGGCGGUGAUCACUUCCUGUCUUCAAUGAAACGAAGGAAGCACCUUACAGAGUGGGAAUGCCAGGAUCUAGCACAAAGCUAUGAAGGCUCAUCACCACUCACCCAGCCAUUCAGCCACAGACAAACCAGUAGGGAUUUAAACCUGGGCCUUUAUCCCUGGACCAAAAACGAGAGACGUGCCAGAGGUCAAACAAGGGGUAGCGUUACACACAAAGACUGUAUCAACAGAAGUCGGACACCUGUGACUGAAAUGAAUGCUGAAGAACUACCAGAUGACGUUCUCGAUCAGAUAGAUGAUCCUGCAAUGCUUUGUGAGGAUGAGGAGAAUGCUGUUUCACCAAAACUAUCUUCAAACAGAAAGCGGACUUUUACAUUAAUGCAGAGUCAGAGCCAAAAUUCACAGUCUUGCUAUUCAGAUACAAAUGAAAUCACACCCUCUUCAAGCAGUUUCUUAGAAGAUGAUGAUGAUGAUGAUAAUGAUGAUGAAGAGAUGGUUUGCCUUCUUGAUUUGCUUCCAAGUUCUCACUAUGGACUACUGGGAGUAACUGACCAAGACAACAAAUCUUGGGGGCAUAUUAAUCAAUUUCCAAGGGAACUCCUCCAGUGUAUAUUUAGUUUUCUUCCUAUUGUGGACCUCUAUAAGAACGUGAGCUUUGUGUGCAACCAGUGGAGGACUUUGGUUAAUGAUCCACUGUUCAUUCCAUGGAAAAAGCUUUAUCACCAGUAUCUUGUAAAAAAUAAGGAAGCUAUGGUUAAAGUUGAAAAUAUUCUCAAGAACAAUGGAAUAAUCAAAGAAGAUGAGUUUUGUGUCCUGAAUCUAAUAAGGUACUUUACUAAUCUCAGAAGUUCCCGAACUGCAGAUCAGAAAGCGAUAAUGGCACGUCUAAGGUACCAUCAUUUAUAUCCAUUGGCUGCAGCAUGUAUAACCAACAGGUUGCCUGAGCUGGGGGAUACAGAUGAGACUAUAAACCCUUGGGCUGUGUUUGCAGUGAUUGUUCUUCUGUCUGGCACAGUUAGUGACAUCCAGAAGUUAAAAAGGUGUGUGUUGGAAUCUACAGUCAGAUUUACUGAAAUCACAGAAGCAUUGUAUUGCCUGGCGACACUUCUUAAUGCCAUGAGACAAGAGAAUAUCCUUAUAAGUAACAGGAUUCACUACAAUGUUGUAUAUUGCUUAUAUCUUCAAGAAAAUAGCAGUGUUCAAACAAAAACAUUUCCUUUCAGUUUCAAAUCUGAGCAGAGACCAACCUUAAAUCUAACCAACGAGCAAAAGCAAAUAAUUAACCAUGACAUUGCUCCUGGGCAGGUUGUGAAAAUCAUGGCUUUUGCAGGUACUGGAAAAACAUCAACCCUAAUCAAGUAUGCGGAGAGCAGACCUCAUCUUCGAUUUUUAUAUGCCACAUUCAACAGUUCUAUUGCAAAACAUGCUGCUUCACUUUUUCCCGGGAAUGUGAAGUGCAAGACUUUCCAUUCUUUGGCCUUUGCACAGACUGGUGUAUUGUAUAAAGAUAGAAAUAAAAUAAACUACUCCAAGCUGACGCCAUUUUCAGUCAACUUUGUUCUGCCUGAAAAAAAAGCUGGAUUUAUCAGGGCAAAGCUUGUUGUGAAGACUCUUGAAUCAUUCUUCUCUUCUGCUGAUGAGAAUAUAGAUGUAGAGCAUGUUCCUAUCUGGUGCAAGGAUACUCGUGGAAAUCAAGCUCUGGUAACAGAAGAAGAAAAACUGUUUACUGUAAGGGAAGCCUCUAAGAUAUGGAGAGAGAUGAAACUCCUUAAGGAAACCAGACAGUUUGCUUAUAAAAUGACGCCUGAUGGAUACCUGAAACUUUGGCAGUUACGUAGGCCCCACCUCACAGAUUAUGAUGCAAUUUUUGUUGAUGAAGCUCAAGAUUGCACACCAGCCAUAAUGGAAAUUGUACUUUCUCAGCCCUGUGGGAAGAUUUUUGUUGGUGACCCUCAUCAGCAGAUUUAUACAUUUCGUGGAGCUGUCAAUGCUCUUUGUGAAGUUCCACACACUCAUAUCUUCUACCUCACUCAGAGCUUUCGGUUUGGUGCAGAAAUUGCUUAUGUCGGUGCCACUAUUCUUGAUGCCUUCAAGAAAGUGCAAAAUAAAACUCUAGUUGGAGGUUAUCAGAAAGGCACCAUUAAUGGCCAAUGCCAAGAACAGCCUGCUAUUCUAUGCCGCACAAAUUCCUGUGUCUUUGAUGAAGCUGUUCGAGUGACUGAAGGAGAAAAACCUGCACAAAUCCAUAUUAUAGGGGGACCCAACAAUUUUGGAUUGAGUAAAAUUUUAGAUAUCUGGAUCCUGCUUCAGCCUGAGUCAGAACGAGAGAGAAAACAACUGUUUAUACAAGAUUCGUACAUAAGGAUGUGGGCAAAGAAGGGAGGGUUUUCCGCUUUAAAAUUGUAUGCAGUAAGUUCAGAAGACAAAGAAUUGGAGGCUAAAAUCUCUGUCGUUGAGAAAUAUAGAAACAGAGUCCCUGAGCUUGUGAACAGGAUUAAAAGCUGCCAUACAGAUGAUGAAAAGAAGGCAGAUUUUAUUUUGGGAACAGUACAUAAAGCCAAAGGGAUGGAGUUUGAGACUGUGCAAGUCACAGAUGACUUUUUUAAAAUCCCUACUGCAAGACACAACCUGGAGAGACUAAAUAUUAAUAUCACAAAUUGCGCAUCAGGGGAAGAUGAAUGGAAUUUGUUGUAUGUUGCAAUAACCAGAGCAAAGAAAAACCUCAUAAUGACCAAAUCUAUUGAGAAUAUCAUGACCUUAACUGGGGAGUACUUUCUGAGAGCAGAACUGAGCAGCCUGGUCUUUAAGGAUGGUCCAAUACAAUGUGCUCUUAGACACUGCAACAAUAGUCUUCUUGAAGAUGCUGUCUUGACACUGAAGAAAUCCCCAAUCAUUUAUGGUGACAAAUCUGAAGACAAAGGAGGAUAUAUCUGCCAUUCUUGUGCCCAACAGCGGAUUGGACCACUCAUUUCCUUGAUGGCUUGUCCAGAACGGGUAAAAUCCAUGACCCAUAGUGUGGAAAAUGUGAUACUUCCCAGAAACUUUCAGUUGCUUUUAGAAGCUUUUUAAGAAAAUAACAAAGGAAAACCAAUCAUUUUCUUGUUUAGCUUAAUCUCCAGAAAAGUGCAAUAAGAUAUAAACCGCAUGCAGUGUUUUACAUGACUUAACAGACCAGGAAUGGCCAUUUAUACAAGAUUUUACACAAUCAGCAUGGAAUUCUCUUUUUACAAAUA